ACUUCAGCGACUUCAGGCGGACGGCAAUCAUAUGCUCAUCCCGCAAUCCUGGCCACGCACACAAACACACACUCCCAUAAAGCAUAGAAGCACAGCCUGUCGCAAUGUCACUCGACCACUCCUUCCAACAUCUGCAGUCCCUGCUCUCCACGGGCGCUCAAGACCCAACCGCCCUCAUCCAAACCCUAUCCGCACUAGCGCCGCAAGAUGACGCCGCUCGCGACGACUUUGCAGAGCACACGGCCCUGAUCGACUUGCUUGCCGGCCUUUUGACGGACGUAACGAGUGGUGAUGUGGGGGUAAGGACGACGAUUGCGAAUGUCUUUGCGGAGGCUGCUAAGAGUGAGUCAGCGAGAGACCCAAUCGCAGAAGCCGGCGCCAUCCCAGCCCUGAUCGCCCAACUCAAACUGGGCCACUCUACAACAAGCAGCGACGCAGACAACCUCGUCAUCCAAAGUCUCAGAGCUCUCGCAAACCUCUGCUAUGACCACGACAUCAACCGCGAAAAGGUCUUAGAGACACCGAACGGCAUUGCCGAGAUCGCUUCCUACCUCACAUCUCCCAAAAUCGCACUGCUGACGACGGCCAGUGGCGCACUGACGAAUAUCAGCAUGGACAAUGAACCCGUGCAGGUGGAGAUCCUGAAAGCGGGUGUUCUCAAUGUCUUGCUUCAGAUCCUGACCAGGCAUCUGGACCACCCGGCUACGGACGACAACCCGGACGUCAUCAAAAUGAGCAUCGCGGCGAUCCGGCUGAUCAGCAAUCUGUCGGAAAGCGACCGGGGUGUGAAUGAACUGCUAGCAACCGACGGGCUUUCGAUUCUCCUGAAGUUGCUUCGGUACAAGCACAACGUGAUCCUGCAACCCUCCGUGACGUCAACCCACCUACAGGACGCACUAGAAGCCCUGGACGCACUCACGACCGUCCUCGAAGCCAUCAGCGAGAACGACGCCGUGCAGCGGGCCAUCGUGUCUCGCGACCUGUUUGAAAACCUACUCGACUUCGUUGACCACCGCCCCACCAAACCGCGCGCGGAGUUCGACGAGGAGGCUUGGCAGACGUACGCUGACGUGCGGAAGACGGUCUCGCGGAUAGCUACCCUGGUCUCCAUGAACGACGCCAACAUGUUUGACAUUCCCCAGAAAAGCAACAUCAUGAAGCAGCUGACGGAGUGGAUGGCCCAUGGGUCCGGCAGCCAUCUGAGUUGGGCGGAGGAGGACGAGAUCCGCAUGUCCGGGGCGUUGACGAUCGGGAACCUGGCUCGGAGCGAUACCACCUGUGUCGAUCUGGUCGAGCGACACGGCGUCGUUCCCCCCAUGCUCGCCCUCCUUGAGUUGGAAACGCAGCGGACGAAGAACGCGGGUGCGGAAAUGAAGGGCAUCAUCAAAGUCCUGCACGCGGUCAUUGGUGCCCUCAAGAACCUGUCCCUCGCAAGCGCCAAUCGCGCCCGGCUCGGCGACCUAGGCGUUAUACAGAAGAUCUCGGACACCCUCGAGAUGCCGAAAUGCAAACCCGUGCAUUACCUCGCCGUCGGGGUCCUCAAGAACCUGUGCGCUGGCAGCAACGACGCGAAUGUGUACCGCAUUGUCACGGGGCAGGAACCGCCUAAAGACGCCGCGUCCUCAUCCCUGGUCUCAUGGCCGGCCACCCCCGCCGGCCAAAAAACACCCCUGAACAAGAUCAUCAACCUGAUCUGGAACGCAACCGGCGACAACGACACGGGCAUCCGAAACGAAGGCGGCCGUCUCCUCGUCAACCUCGUCCGCGCCAUCCACCGCGCCGGCCCCUCACCCCUCCUCAACACCCUCAUCAAAGCCCGCUGCAUCGUCCCCCUCAUCCAGAUCGUCACCGGCGCCCUGCUCACAAAAGCCCGCGCAUCAGAAGCAGAGAGCGGUCCGUCGAAUACGGAGGAAGAAGACGACCACCACGUCCAUUUCGACGCGACACCCGUCGAGGGGCAGGUCUUCCCAAUGGUCCAGAACGAGGGCGUCGUGGCGCUCAUCCUCCUCGCCGACGCCAGCCCGGACUCCAUCACGGCCAUCAGCAAAUACCACGCCUCGAUCGUCCCCACCGUCGUCAAGAUCCUCACCAGCGGCCUGGAGACCGGGGACGGCGGUGCAGGUGGUGGUGUGGAAGCGGCGGACCCGACGACGAACCCGGCGGACCCGGCCUACACGUACGCGGACGAGUCAAAGACGAACGUGUGUGUGCUCCUGCAGGCGCUCGCACGCACCAACGACGAGUUCAGAGACCGCCUCCUGGCCGCGGGUAUCAAGCCCGUCCUGGACGCACUCCGGAAACAGGCACCCGAAACGGCGUCGGCCCCAGCACAGCAGGAACGGCCGUUGGAACCCCCACCGGCGACAACAGGCGCCCUGCUCGGCCGAUCUAUCACCAAAUCGGCCCGCCAGCUCUCCGACAACGCCAUCAGUAAACGCGAGCUGACGACCGCGUUUGGAACGGAGGAGAAGGCGCCUGGGUAUGUGAGCGGGGUCGCGUUGCCCGGCGCGGCCGCGGCGCUGUUGAUGGUGUUGUGAUGAAUACCCGUGUCCUCGCAAAAAUCUCUGUGUAGACCUUGUCGCCCCCCCACCUUGUACUGUAACGUCCGUCCCCCGUGAAUUGUUCUGUACCCUCAGUCUUUUAAUCUGCCCUUCUCGGAACACCCCUUUCAAACCUACCUUACGUUCGCGUUCUGCGGCGUUUUCGUGGCGUCCCCGGAACUGAAACCAUGUGUUCUGUUAGUUGGAAUCCUGUGUAUAUACACAGUAUAUACCCAGUAUAUACCAUGAUAGAACAAAUAUCUCCGGCACAAAAGGAAACUUUUGACAUUUUUUCUUUUACGCCAAUACGUGUCACAUGUACGAGACGAAAACGAUGAAGAAGAAGAAGUCGGGCGAAG